UCGUUCAAUUAACAAAGCAUCAAAGUUUUCAAAUAAUUUUAACUUGAUUGUGUUUUACCACUUUGGUGUAUUUUUUUUUUACUUUUUCGGAGUGAAAAUCGUAUUGGAAACUUUUGGUUUGGGAUUUUCUUACCAUAUGCUUGGAAAUUCAAAACGAGUUUCAAUUAAUUUCAAGUGUUUCGAUGUUAAGUUUACUUCAUUUUCUCGAUUUUCAAGCAUAAUGAUACAAAUUGAGUGCCGAUAAAAUCAUUUAAUGGGUUUAAAUUGAGAAAAGGCCGAAUCUUUGAAUCAGAACCGCCAACACUGAUAGGUUGUCACUGAAAAAAGGAAACGUUGAGUGGAUUGAUUGAAUAAGCGCAACCGCAGAGUAAUUGACGUUGCAUAAUGGAUUUUACAUUCGAUCCGAACGAUAUAACUGUGCCACAAGUGGCUCUCUAUUCAACCAUAUCAUUCCUUAUUGUCACAGUAAUAGGUGUUUUUCUCUAUAUAACUUGCUCAAAAAAAUACAAAUUGAAUUGGUUUGAAAAGAAUUUGCUGGAGACCGCAUGCGAGAGUCAGGAAUUUGGAGCAAGUCAAGAGGCGCUUUUAGUGAACAACGCAAUACCGUACAAUGUGGAUACAGUCGAUUCAACAAGUUUGCGUUCAUCAAAUCGGAGUCCGGUAUCGGUAAACGAAACAUUUUGGGUUCCAACAAUAAAUCCUCGGCAUGCGAGUACACACAGUGAAGCAUUGGCAACCACUUCAACAGAUGAUUCAUUGCCAGCCACACCAACAUCGCCGACGGGCUCGCAUGCUUCGAUGGCAUUGUCGAUUGGAUCGGGUAAUACGGUUCCAAUAGCUCGUACCGAUAAACAUGUUGUGCUUGCCAUGAGUCCGGCGCGUCCGAAAGUAUCAUCAAUGCAAGCUAAAUUGGAUCACACAAAAAUCGAUACGUCUCUCUAUGAACAGGCGAAAAUCAAGCGGAAUCCAUCCAUACCGGAGGACACGCGUGGUGUUAUCAAUUUGACAAUCAAUUAUGAUCCAAAUGCUGGCAUUCUAACAGUUCGUCUUAUUGAGGCUAACGAUUUACAGCCAAGGGAUUUCAGUGGUACGGCCGAUCCAUACGCAAAAAUCCGAUUGCUACCUGAUAAAACCAAUUUUUGGCAAACAAAAAUACAUAAAAGAACAUUGAACCCAAUUUUCGAUGAGGAUUUUGUAUUUGAAGAGCGUCCCGCAGUGAUUGGUCGACGUAUUAUUGAGAUUUUGUUGUACGAUUUCGAUUCGUAUUCACGGCAUUUUUGCAUUGGCGGCACUCAAAUCGAUUUGGCCAAAUUGGAUUUGACGCAUAAAAUUGAUAUUUGGCAAUUUUUGGGCUCAUGUUCCGAACAAGAUGCUAAAGUUGAACUCGGCGAUGUUAUGUUAUCCAUGUCAUAUCUGAAUUCGGCCGAAAGAUUGACCGUCGUUUUGAUAAAGGCACGAAAUUUAAAGGUCGUUGACAUGUCACGCAAUUCGUCAGAUCCGUAUGUUAAAUUGUCGCUCAUUCAAAAUGGUAAAAAGAUUAAAAAACGAAAAUCAGGAGUCUAUCGCAAUACAACAUGUCCUGUAUUCAAUGAAGCACUCACCUUCGAUAUUUCCAAGGAUACUCUUAAAACGUGCACCAUUGAAAUUCUUGUCGCUCAUGACAGUUUAUUGGGCUCCAAUGAGAUAAUUGGACGUGCUUUAGUUGGAAAUGAUAAAAGUUUGCCACAACCAAAUCGUGCUAUCUUCGAUGACCUACUUAGAUCAAAAUCGGCGACAGCUACCGCGCAAUGGCUUUCAUUAACCGAACCAGCUGUUCAGUAAAUCACAGCGAAAGAAGUCUGCUUCAAUUUUUUAAAUUUUUAUUUGAAAUCUUCAUAGAAAAUCUAUUCUGAGUGGAAAGGAAUCUUAUUAAGCCACUGUUAAAAAUUGCAAAAGUAUUAUUUUUCUUUGAAUAUAUAUACAAAACAAAAUGGGAAACAAUUUUUUCUAUUUAGAUAGAAUUUGAUGUAUAUUGUUUUAUGGUCUCAAUAAACAAGAAUUUAUGCACUUUAUAUGUGUUUUACAAUCUAGAAAAGUAUUUGCGCAGGCGAGGAAAAUCAGUGACAAUGAUUUUCAUGACAGUGAAAUUGUUGAUUGAAAACAAUCUUAUGUUAAUGUAAAUAAAUAUAAAAAAUGCCUCUAAACAAUAGAACUAAAUCAAAAUAAAUGUAACUAUGUGUCAUAUAGUAUAUGAUUAAACAAAUAUUUUUGAAUCAAUAUGAACAAUAUUUUUGUUAUUAUUGCACCAUUCUCGUAUGAAAUUGAGAUUGAAAUAAUGCUAUAUGGGAAAAUAGUAACCAUUAUUUAUUGACAUGAAUAAA